UUGGCUAUGCGAUCCUCAACACUUGGUCAGUGUGAGUUUGUUGUGACAGCUUGUAGCCACAAAGGGAACAUGUCCAAGGGUUCGCCUCUCCAAACACAAUACUCCAGCCACUGGAACAACAUGUGCUCUGACAUGGAUAUAACUAAAAGAUAAUUCAGAACUUCUGUUUUUUCCUUCUAAAAUUGCCUUUUUGUGCAAGAUUGUAGAGAGGAAAAUGGUGAGGUUUCUCCAAACAUUGCUGAAGAACUGAGGCAAAGGAAUUAGAGAGAAGUAACACGGCCAGUGAGAAGAGCACGGGGUCAUGGGAAGUGGCAUGGCAAAAUCAGAACUACAGCUGAAGAAAUGUGAACGAGCAUCCAUCUCAGUCCCAGCUGCCAUUGCUAUGAGGGCAGCUCUGCUGAUCCAGCGCUGGUACCGUCAGUAUGUGGCACGGCUGGAGAUGAGACGCAGGUGCACUUGGAACAUCUUCCAGUCUAUUGAAUAUGCAGGAGAACAGGACCAGAUCAAGCUCUACAAUUUCUUCGGCUACCUGAUGGACCACUUCACCCCAGCCAGCAGCGAGAGAAAUCUGAUCUCGCACAUCUUCCGAGAGAAUGACAUCUGUCGUGACGCUGAUUGGGAUAGAUACUUCUGCUACAAGAGCAUUGAAGUACCUAACAUGUACACAGGCCCUCAUCUAACCUUUCCCAUCACUAUCUGUGAGGCAUCGAAGCUGGUGGAAGCCUUCAAGCACGAACAACAGCUCCACUCUCGGUAUGUUCUGCAGCUUCUUGGAGAAACUUGGAGGCUACUGAGGAUUCUCCCUAACAUCAAUCACGUCUCUACCUGUCAAACCAAAGAGAUCACCAUAUGUGGAGAUUUACAUGGGCACCUUGAAGACCUGCUGUUGGUGUUCUAUAAGAAUGGCUUGCCCUCCUCUGAAAAGCCCUACGUCUUCAAUGGAGACUAUGUGGAUCGUGGCAAACAUUCCUUGGAGAUUCUCCUCAUCCUGUUUGCAUUCCUGCUGGUGUAUCCCAAUGAUGUCCAUCUGAACAGAGGGAACCAUGAGGAUCACAUCGUUAACCUGAGAUAUGGUUUCACCAAAGAAGUGAUGGGCAAAUAUAGGGUUCAUGGGAAGAAGAUCCUGAAGAUUCUGCAGAAGAUCUUCAGCUGGCUGCCUCUGGCCACAGUGAUUGAUCAGAAGGUGCUGGUUGUGCAUGGAGGGAUCUCUGAAAGUACAGACCUUAAUAUAAUAGCCCAAGUGGACAGGCACAAAUACGUGUCAGCUAUUAGGCCACCUAAGCAGAGAUCUAAUGCAGUCAACGACAACAGUUCGACUGAACAAGACUUUGGACCAGUAGAAAGCCGGCGUCGGGUUUAUUCUAUGACCCAACCCAGGCCAGUCCCGGGUACCCGGCAGGAGCACCAUCGCCGCUCGCUGCAAGGCCUGUCUUUAAGCAGUCAUGUCAACUCCUCAGUGGAAGAAGAGCUAAAGAAGAGGCGCAGACAGGCUGGGUUUGACCAGUCCUAUGGAGACCUGAGGAAGUCUGUCUCGUCGGACUCUGACCCAGAGUCUGGAGAGGCGCUGGAGACAGAUGUGGAUGAGUGGAAACAAAUACUGGACAUGUUGUGGAGUGACCCCAUGCCCCAGGACGGCUGUAUACCCAAUGAGGUGCGAGGCGGAGGCUGCUACUGGGGGCCAGAUGUCACUGAGAAAGUACUAAACAAACAUAACCUCCAGCUCCUCAUCCGCUCUCAUGAGUGCAAACAGGACGGCUAUGAGUUUUGCCACAACCGCAGGGUGCUGACAAUAUUUUCAGCGUCUAACUACUACGAGGUGGGCAGUAACAGAGGUGCAUACAUCCGAAUGGGCCCUGAUCUGGUUCCCCACUGCAUUCAGUACCAGGCCACUCGAACCAGCCGAGACCUCACCCUCAGACAAAGUGUUGGGCAAACAGAGAGGUCAGCUCUGCAAGCUCUGAGGCAACAGCUGUUUGUACACAAGCCCGAUCUCAUCAGUGCCUUCCAGGAAUACGACCCUGAAAACACAGGAUUGAUCUCUUUAAAGCAUUGGGCCAGUGCCACAGAGAGGGUACUGAACCUGGGCCUGCCCUGGAGGGUCCUGCGCUCCCAGCUUGUCAGCAACACCCAGGACGGCAUGCUGGACUACCAGCAGUGGAUCAGGGAGCUCUCCUCGACUGAGACCAAGCUAGAGGUCUCCAAUACCAGCAUCCUGGAUACCAUGUACAAGAACCACUCCAACUUGGAGACCAUCUUCCGAAUCAUAGACACAGAUCACUCAGGCCUGAUCUCAUUCGAGGAGUUCCGUCAGACCUGGAAACUCCUGAGCUCCCAUCUUAAGACAGAGAUCAGCGAUGAGGCCAUUGCAGACCUGGCCUCGAGCAUUGACUUCAACAAGGACGGCAAUAUCGAUAUCAAUGAGUUCAUGGAGGCCUUUCGGCUGGUGGAAAUCUCUGCCCACGUGUAGUGCUGGAGCACGUUUGGGUUCCCCGUCGUUCUACUGCGUAGAAAAUACUCAACACUGUCUGCGUUAGACCUGCUCACCAGGAUCAACAUGUCUGCAGGGAUCUGAAUGAUCAUUAGCAUCUCGUCAGAGCCGUCACACAAUGUGAAGGAUGUAACAUAGUGUGCACUGUUUGGCCAGGUGCAAUCCAGCCAUGCUCAUAUUUUUGUCAGCAUUUAGCUCUUUUCUACCUCUUAGAUUUUUUUUCAUGCUCAAGAUGGAUAAGGGUGAGGGGAAUUCAUGGUCAACUGUUUAAUUAUGAAUAAACUAGAUCUAAAACAUGA